AUGCGAAUGAAUCUAUUAGGCACUAAUCUGAACAGGUACCCUUACGCUAUAAAAGUUCACUAUGACAGAGAAACGAUGACGGGCGCCUCUGAAGAUUCGUUUCACAAUUUAAACAAUUUGGUUAAAAUUUUUGAAAAAAAUACCUUCACAGUUGGUUGUAAGGUUACCGUUAUUUUAAAAAGUGAGGAUAAAUAUCAGUUCUUAAAUUGUUAUAACGGUACAAAUUACGUUAUUCAUCAAAACGGAGUUUGGACAACGAAAUACUUUUAUUUAACGAAUAAUACGUACCAUGAAGAACAAAAGAAGCUGACAGACAUCAAAAUAAGGGCUUUUACACGUUACAAACCUCAAAAGUUGUUGGACAUUGUAGUAGAACCACAAUUAGUAGUGGAUAAGUUUCAUUACAGUUUAUUUUUGUUACUACAAGAGCUUCAUAAUUUCUCAUACAUUUUGACUCCAUUACCAAAACGAAAUAAUGCGGAUCAUGAAAAUACCAAAAGCAGCGGAUUUUUUUUAACCGAUAACAACGACAUUAUCAUCAGCGAUCCUUCACCCGAUAAGCGAGACAUUGGAUGUAAAAUAAUAUUCUUCAGUUUAUUAAUAAUGUCUUUACUGUUAUUCAACUACUACACGUCGAGCAUGGUCUCACUAUUACUCAGUGAAGAAGUUGAUACUAAGCACACCAUAGAAGAGCUCACACGAUCAAAUUAUUUGGUAGCAAUGGAUAAUCACUCAUACACACUGAAAUGGAUGACUAGUCCCAAGACUACUGACAUUCAGAAUCUAUACCAUACAAAAAUAAUUAAUAAUAAUAAAUCUUUGAACAUUUACUCUUCUAGGGAUGGAUUUAAAAAAGUGGGUUGCGGUGGUUUUGCGUACCACACUGAUGUCUUCACGGCUUACAGCAUUAUUGGAAAAUACUUUGCGCAAGAGCAAAUUUGUCAUCUUUCACAAAUGCAGAUGAUUCCUCCUGUUAUGACAGGACUAGUGACAAAAAAAUCUUCACAGUUUUCUGAGUUGUUCCGUAUUAGUUUGUUGAAGUUAAACGAAGAUGGCCUAGUCAACAAAUUGCUAAAUUCUUGGAAAGUAAUACGACCUGAAUGUUAUGCGUCCACUGAAUUUAUUCCAUUGGGGAUGGAGCAAAGUUUGCCAGCGUUGAUUUUUUUGUUGGUGGGAAUUUUAACGUCGUUCUUAAUACUGGGUGUUGAAGUAGUUCUGUUUGAGAAAAAGUCGGACUAA